AUGAGAGAAAUUGUCAGCAUCCAAGUUGGUUAAUGUGGAAACUAAAUAGGAUAUAAAUUCUGGGAAACUAUAGCAACUGAACACGGUCUUAACACUUCUAAUGGCGAAUUCGAAGGCAACUCAGAUUUGCAAAUUUAAAGAGCUAACGUCUACUUUAAUUAAAUUGAGAAUGGUCAAGUCGAGAGGUAUGUACCUAGGGCAGUAUUGGUUGACUUAGAACCAGGUGUAUUGGACUCUAUAGCAUCAUCAAGUUAAAUGGGGAAAUUUUUCAACCCUGAUAGCUAUGUUAGUGGAUAGAACGGUGCUGGAAAUAAUUGGGCUAAGGGCUACUAUAGUGAGGGCAGCGAGAUUAUCGAUAUGGUCUUAGACCAGGUUAGAAAAGAAGCCGAAAACUGUGAUGUCCUCUAAGGGUUCCAAUUCACUCAUUCAUUAGGUGGUGGAACUGGAUCAGGAUUAGGUACUAAUAUUCUGAACAUUCUAGAACAAGAAUACUCCAGUAAAAUACUUUUCAACUAUUCUGUGUACCCAGCUUCAGCUUCUGACAGAUAAACAUAAUCAGGAGUCUCAAGUGUUUCAGAUGUAGUUGUUGAGCCUUACAACACAGUCCUAUCAUUAAAUGCAUUGAUAAAUACCUCACAUAUGACAACUGUGAUUGAGAAUAACUCCCUAUACAGGAUUUGUCAAAAUUUACUUAAACUCAAGACUUCUUCGUUCGCUGAUGUUAACUAUAUAAUAAGCUAAACCAUGUCUUCAGCGACCGCCACUAUGAGAUUUCCAGGAGCCUCAAAUAACACAGACAUUCGUAAGAUUUGCAUGAAUCUCAUUCCCUUCCCUCGUCUGCACUUCAUCUCAUAAUCAUUAGCUCCCCUAUACGCUAGAGGUAAUUCUAAGUAUGAGGUUAUUAAUGAAUCUGAGAUUAUUGGGAGACUAUUUGACUCAUAAAGCUUUAUGAGUGAUAUCGAAUUGAGACACGGUAAAAUAUUGACUGGCUCAGUAUUGAUGAGAGGUUCAGAAGUCUCAGAGUGCGAAGUUGACUGUUAAAUUAAACGUUUGAGUGACAAGCACUCAAGCACAUUUGUUGAAUGGAUUCCAAAUCGUCUAAUGAGCAGUGUUUGCAAAGUAAAUCCAGCUUAUUAGACUUCUCAAAUGUCAGGAAGCUCUCUACUUAACACCACCAGCAUUUAGAAUUCAAUGUCAAGAAUUUUACAUAACUUUGAGAAAAUGUAUGCUCGCAAGGCAUAUGUUCAUUGGUAUGAGAAUGAGGGAAUGGAUAUCAAUGAGUUUGAUGAGGCUGCUGCUAAUCUUAGAGACUUAAUAUCUGAAUAUGAGCAAUAUCAAGAAAUGAAGUCAGGAGGAGAUGAAGAUGAUGAAGCUGAAAUUAUUUAUGAGAAAAAAUCUCAUAGCCAUGGCUUCAACACUACUAGAGCUUCAAGUAAAGCAAGUAAUUAUGGUGAGUAAGCUUUUCAUUAAGAAGAUGAGGAAAUGUAAGAGGAGGAAAUGGUAUGA